UUCGCGGUUGUUUUUUGUGAAAUGAGAGAAGGAAGUGUUUUAGUGCAUUCUCAUGUAAUCCUCGCAUAAGCAUACUCAAAAUGAAUCUUUCGACAUCAGAAAGUCUCGCUUUCAACCGCUCUGUUGCAUCGAGCGUCGAAGUAUCCUACUGUGAUUUGCAAACCUUUUCCGUUUGGUAUAGAAGCGUUCAUGGUUACUUGAGCAUACUUGUAUGCGUUUUCGGCUCUAUCGCGAAUAUUUUGAAUAUAUGCGUCUUGAGCAGACGCGAAAUGCGAUCGCCUACAAACGCAAUCCUGACAGGACUAGCAUUUGCAGAUCUACUAGUGAUGAUCGAGUAUAUACCGUUCUCGUGCCACGUAUAUUUCGAUCCUGACGCUCGUUUUACUGCCACCUAUUUUAGAUACGGUUGGGCGGUUUAUAUAGCCUUUCACGCUGUAUUUACUCAAGUAUGCCAUUUUAUUUCCAUAUGCUUAACGGUGAUUCUAGCCGUUUGGCGAUACAUCAUUAUAACACAACCAAAACAGAACAGCGAAUGGUGCAACGAUCGAAGGACAAAAUUGAUCAUUGUGCUGACUUAUUUAUCAUGCCCACUAGUUUGUCUACCCCUCUUUGUUUCGCUAAAAAUAACCGAACAGGUGAAAUACGUCAACGAAGAGGGAAGAAUUAUCCCACAAAUCGAAUUGGAAAACUACUCAGAAGAUAAAACCGAGGUUACGCUCUACGUGUUAGAUUACGGUAAUUUCAAAGACAUCUCCUUUUGGGUCUACGGGGUUGUCAUCAAGCUAGUCCCCUGCAUCCUGUUAACGAUACUAUCGCAGCGAAUCAUCUCAACUUUAUUAGAAACGAAAAGGAGAAGGCGAAACCUUUUAGGGACUAACAAAAUAAAUAUGAAAACAGCCGGAUCGGAUAACAUCGUUAAAGUAUCAAGGCAAAGUAAAGAGCAGCCGGCUGAUAGGACCACGAGGAUGCUACUCGCUGUGCUACUUCUAUUUCUAAUUACCGAAUUUCCGCAAGCCAUCCUCGGCCUGCUCAGCGUAUCUAUCGGGACCCAAUUCGAAAACCAGUGCUAUCGUCCUUUAGGUAAGGAAACUUUUUAUUUUAUGCACGUUAAAAACCGCAGCGGAUUGAAAAACCCAACAAAAGAAACCGAUUUUUGUUUAUUGGCUUCGUAA